AAAUUUUCCUCUGUAGCAAUUUUAAAUUUGGGAAGCAAAGAAAUGGAAGAUUUUACAGAAGAAAAACAUGUGAGGUCCAUUAUAUAAUAGCAAAGUCUCAAAGUAGUUCUCAUUAGUGCUUCCAUGGGGGCCUAAAGGAUAUGCUAAAUUUAUCGUUAUCGGUACUGAAAAGCUGUUCAUGAUUCUGCCUGCAUAAAACCCUUUCAGCAAUGAACCACUUCUUGCAUUUCCUCUCAUUUGCCUCAUUUUGCAACAUAUAGUUUCAUCACAGGAAAGAAAACAAUGAGAAGAAGCGCUUCAACCAAAGCUUUGUUUUUAACCUUCUUCUUCUUCCUCCUAACAUGCCUCAUUGCAAACUCUGCAACUCACAACAUUACUAGAAGAAGUAGCAAAGACAAAACCCACAGAAAGAAGUGUCCUAUAACCAGUAGUCUACUCCAGUGUUCGAAAACACCACCGCCACCACCACCAGAUUUACCAAACCCACAAAAAGUGCUCUCAUUUGCAGACCAAAGGCUUCAAGUGGUAUACCCAGUCAUUCAAAAAUUCAAGUCCAUCAUCACCUCAGAUCCUCUCAACAUCACCAAAACUUGGGUAGGAUCAGAUAUAUGCAGAUACAAAGGCUUCUACUGUGACAAUCCACCAUACAACUUAUCCGCAAUCGCGCUAGCCUCCAUCGACUUCAAUGGCUUCCAACUCGGUGCUUCCUCCCUUGAUGGGUUUCUUGAUCAGCUCCCUGAUAUUGCUCUGUUCCAUGCAAACUCCAACAACUUUUCCGGCACCAUUUCCUCCAAAAUUGCCAACCUCUGCUACCUCUAUGAGCUUGACAUAAGCAACAACUUAUUCUCCGGUCCAUUCCCAACCGCAGUUCUCGGCAUGAACGGCUUAACUUUCUUGGACAUAAGGUUCAAUUUCUUCACCGGCUCUGUUCCGCCUCAGAUUUUCACUCAGGACCUUGAUGCUCUCUUCCUCAACAACAACAACUUCAUGCAGAGCCUUCCUGAUAACCUAGGCAGCUCCCAUAUAAUCCUCCUCACUUUGGCAAACAACAACUUCAAUGGCCCUAUUCCAAGCAGCAUUGCAAAAGCUCUGUCUUCUCUCACUGAAGUUCUGCUUCUCAAUAACCAGUUAACAGGUUGUUUGCCUUAUGAGCUAGGUUUUUUAAAGGAGGCCAUAGUGUUUGAUGCUAGCAACAAUCAGUUAACUGGUCCGUUACCGUUCUCUUUGGCUUGUCUAGACAAAGUGGAGCAGCUAAGUUUUGCUGGAAACUUAUUGUUUGGCUUGGUGCCGGAGGUGAUCUGUGAUCAGCUGCUGAAUUUGGCAAACUUUUCGCUGUCCAAUAAUUACUUCUUCCAUGUUGGUCCAAUAUGUCAAAGUUUGAUCCAGAGAGGACUGCUUGAUGUUACUAACAACUGCAUUCCUGGUCUUCCAUUCCAAAGAUCGGUAGAAGAAUGUGCAGAUUUCUUCGCGUAUCCCAUGUUCUGUCCGAAUAUGGGGUCUUAUACCUAUAUUCCCUGCAAAUGCCGUCCUCUGUUGAAAUCCCAGAACCUUCAAGUGAUAGCAGCAAUGUCACUUUCUAGAGUGACCCUCUUUGCUUUCCAGAGGACCUGAGCCAAGUGGUGGCAGGUAAGAAAUGUCCUCUGCUUUGAGUGAGGUAAGCCAAUGGAUAAAAUGUUAAAACUGAAAAUGUAAGAUAAAUAAGAUAAGGCAUUACAAUUGGUCACCUAAAUUUCUUAGUAUUAGUGGUACAGAAGUAGUUUAAUUUGAUAAUGGAGAGCUUCAUAAUGCAAAGUGGAAGCUUAUAGCGGUAGUUGAAGUGGACAAAGUGGUGGAGCACUGGCCAGUCAGCAAAACAUCAGCUG